GCGGCGGCGGCGGCUCGGGAGAGAGGGGCGCGGGCAGCGGGCGCGAUGCUCGGCCGGAGGACGCGUCCGACGGCGGCCGGGCACUGAGCCGGGCAGGGCGGGGCGGCCGGCGCCGGGCAUGGAGCGCGGGGGUGCCGAGCCUCGGGACGUUUGGGGCGUGCCUCGUCCGAGCCCGCGGCGCGCCUGAAGUUGCGGCCGGCGAGCGGCGAGCGGGCGGCCCGAGGGGACCCCGGAGCGGCCGGCGAGCCGCGGAUGAGCCUUCGCGCCGGCGGCGAGACGCGGCGUAGCCAGGGCCCAGCAGGCGGCCCGCGGGGCCGAUCCGGCGGAGAGCAGAGCCCGAGGCGCGGCGCGGCGCCGCUCCGCACACGCACACGGAGCCAUGAGGUGCCACGUUGCCACCAGCUGCCACGUGGUCUGGCUUUUUGUGCUGAUCUCCGGAUGCUGGGGCCAGGUGAACCGGCUGCCCUUCUUCACCAACCACUUCUUUGACACAUACCUGCUGAUCAGCGAGGACACGCCCGUGGGUUCCUCUGUGACCCAGUUGCUGGCCCGAGACAUGGACAAUGACCCCCUGGUGUUUGGCGUGUCUGGGGAGGAGGCCUCCCGCUUCUUUGCUGUGGAGCCUGACACUGGCGUGGUGUGGCUCCGGCAGCCACUGGACAGAGAGACCAAGUCGGAGUUCACGGUGGAGUUCUCCGUCAGCGACCACCAGGGGGUGAUCACACGGAAGGUGAACAUCCAGGUGGGAGACGUGAACGACAACGCGCCCACGUUUCACAAUCAGCCCUACAGUGUCCGCAUCCCGGAG